AUAAAAACAAAUAAUUCAUCGAUUUUAGCUUAUAAGACGCAAUAUAAACGAUAUAAAUCGGCCAAUAUGUCGAAAGAUAGCGUAGAUGUCGCUAGUGUGUAUGGGGCCCUCGGUCCCCCAGUAGUGUUUUUGUCAUUGUUGAAAAAAUUAUAAUUUAUAUCAUCGUUAAUGCAGCCGAUGAAUUAAGUUUCGCUGUAGAGUUAUUAAUGAAGUGUUGUUAUGAACGGCAUGCUACCUAGUUUUACUCCGCCGGUGGUUAAACGGUUGCUAGGUUGGAAAAAGGGAACUGACGCCGACGACAAAUGGUGCGAAAAGGCAGUGAAGAGUUUAGUGAACAAAUUGAAAAAGUCCGGUGCAUUGGAGGAAUUGGAGCGCGCCAUUUCAUCGCAGAACCACAACACUAAGUGCGUUACAAUAGCCAGGGCCCGGCCGAACGCCGACAUCGGCAACAUCCAACAGCAAAGGAAGGGACUACCUCACGUUAUUUACUGUAGACUGUGGAGAUGGCCGGAUUUGCAGUCCCAGCACGAGUUGCGCUCCUUGGACCACUGUGAAUACGGAUUCGCUUUGAAGAAAGAUGAAGUCUGCGUUAAUCCCUACCACUACACGAGGAUCGAAACACCCACAUUACCCGCAAUACUAGUGCCCAGGCAUUCGUUAAAUGACGAAAACAACUUGUUUCAACAUUCGCUCGAAGAUUUGAGCACCUCAGUACCAGAAAAUACCUCCUUUCCCCAUCACAACACCAACACUUUAGGCUUACUGCAGCACCCGUCUAAUUACAUGGAAACUGUCGGAAUAUGCCCUAACGGUACCACAACGGGCAUGGAGUCUCCUCCGCACAGCGUGGUACCACCGACAGAAACACCACCACCCGGAUACAUGUCCGAAGACGGGGAUCCCAUCGAUUUGAACGACAACAUGAAUAUAUCCAGGAUGAGUCCGGUGGAUGCUCAGCCGGUGCUCUACUGCGAACCGGCCUUCUGGUGCAGCAUCAGCUACUACGAGCUGAAUACCAGAGUAGGGGAGACGUUCCACGCUAGCCAGCCCUCGAUAACCGUGGACGGUUUCACCGAUCCCAGUAACUCGGAGAGAUUUUGCUUGGGAUUGUUGUCGAACGUUAACAGAAACCCAGUGGUGGAGCAAACCAGACGGCACAUCGGGAAAGGAGUGAGAUUGUAUUAUAUAGGUGGUGAAGUAUUCGCUGAAUGUUUGAGCGAUUCGAGUAUAUUCGCACAAUCGCCGAACUGCAACCAACGGUACGGUUGGCAUCCUGCGACCGUGUGCAAAAUACCGCCGGGUUGUAAUUUGAAGAUAUUCAACAAUCAGGAAUUCGCCGCUUUGCUGUCGCAGUCGGUGAGCCAAGGCUUCGAGGCUGUCUACCAAUUGACCAGGAUGUGUACCAUACGGAUGUCGUUUGUCAAGGGCUGGGGUGCUGAGUACCGAAGGCAAACUGUGACGUCGACGCCCUGCUGGAUAGAGCUGCACUUGAACGGUCCCCUGCAAUGGUUAGAUCGCGUUUUAACCCAGAUGGGUUCGCCCAGGUUACCAUGUAGUUCUAUGUCAUAAAUAUAUGUAAGAUUUUCCACAGGAAGGAUCUACUUUAAGAAUUUUAACUAUGUAGCUAGUUUCGCUAAGAAUUUUUCUAUGUAAACUCGCGUUUAUGCAGAAAAGUUUCCUGAACUUUACAAGUACUGUUUAGAACAGUAGAUAAAAUUAUGAAUUGGGAUUUAUAUUUUCUGUGUAAGCAUUUUUUUGACUAUAUGUUAUUUUUUAGAUAUGUCAGAUUUAUUAGGGUAAUGACAUAAUUAUUAAUUAGUUUAUUAACAGGAUAGCUAUGUUUAAUUUAAGAAAAUAUCUGAAAGAUUUAUUUCGAUUGUGUGAAGUAUUUUUAAAAUUUUAAUUUGUUGAUUAAAUUUACUUAUUAGGCUAUUUCAAGGAAAAAUUGAUAAUUAUGCCCUUACUUUGUAAAUUGAUGUUUUGUGUAUUUUCAAGUUUUUAAAUUUUAUUACUAUAUUUUAAGUAUAUUGCUGUAUUUCACUAAAAUGAAGAAAUAAAUAUUAAGAAUGCUACGU